AACCGUUGGUCAACAUAUUUUCGCCGCAACCAACCCUUUUUUUUUUACCUCUUUCUUUGAUCGGCCUCUAGUCAUCCGACCAUCAUCACCUUUGCAUCGCGAUCUUUCUAUAAUCUAUCCGCUAUCCUAAUACCAUCAUUGCCGAUUGUCAACAUGUCUGACGAGACGGCCGCGCAACCUGCCGCCGCGCAGUCUCAGGAUGUGUCUGCCAACGUAGCUGCAGAAGGCACUACGUCAGAGUCCGUCGCGCCUGUUAGCGACGCGAAGUCAAUUGACAAAAAAACUGCAAGUGCUGCCGAUGCAGACAAGACCAACGAGGACAGCUCAGCCGAGGAGCCUGCUAAAGCUGAAGCCGCCGAUGAGGCCCCGGCUACCAAGAAAACCGACGAGAAGUCUACUGACCCUGAUGUUGAGAUGAACGACAAACCGGCCGAAGAGGUUGAGCAGCCUACAGCUGAUGAUAAGGUUGACUCGGAGAAGGCCGCGGAUGAGAAUGAAGCGCCUACGGGUACUGCUGAAGGUGCGGCCGAGGCCGAAUCGACAACACAAGGAGACAAAUCUAAAGCGCGUCGCAAGUCUACCGCCGAUUCCAAGAGCAAGAAGUUGAAUAAGAAGGCGUCCAAGGCCAAGAUUCUACACGUCGACGCGCAGCCUGGCGAGCAUUACUUCGCCAAGCUAAAGGGCUUCCCCCCUUGGCCUGUCAUCAUCGCUGAGGAGGACAUGCUGCCCGCAAGUAUGUUGAGCACGCGACCUGUUACGGCUGCUCGCCCUGAUGGUACCUACCGCGAAGAUUUCGCGGAUGGUGGUAAGAGGAUCGCGGACCGAACGUUCCCGGUCAUGUAUCUCCACACCAACGAAUUUUCGUGGACAAACAACUCCGAUCUCAGCGAGCUUGACCCUUCGACAGUCGCCAGUAUGAUCACGACCAAGAUGCGCAAGGAUCUACAGAACGCCCAUCUGUUGGCUGCCGAACAGAACUCUUUAGAUUACUAUAAGAAUGUUCUCCGCGAUUUUGAGGAGCAGCGUCUCGCAAAACUAGAAGCUAAGAAGGCUAAGGCCAACAAGACGCCUAAGAAGGCCGCUAAAGCCGCUGAAGCUGCUGCGGGUGAUGAAGAUGAGGAUAUCGAAAUGGCUGAUGCUGAAGAGAGCGGCGAGGCGGAGCCAGCUGAGAAGAAGCCCAAGUCAAAGAAACGCAAGGCCGAAGACGAAGCUAGCACUCCUCAACGUUCCGAAUCUGUCAAGAAGCCAAAGAUUAAGAUCACGAACUCAUCCACUCCCAAGGCCACCAACGGCGUCCAAUCACCCACCGCAAAAGAUUCUUCCAAGCCCGUCAAGGUUAAGUCGAAGGCAGCUAAGGGUAGCAAGGACAAGGACAAAGCCGAGAGCAAGAAGGAGAAAGAACCUCCUAAGGAGCCGGAACUUAGCCCCGAAGAGAAGCACAUGCGCAAGGAGAAAGAGAUUUUGUUCCUACGUCAUCGACUUCAAAAAGGUCUACUCCUUCGCGAUCAGGAGCCAAAGGAGGAGGAGAUGAAGUCUAUGUCGGAGUUCCUUGCUAAACUCGAAACAUUCCCCGACCUCGAGGUUAGCAUCAUUCGAGCAACCAAGAUCAACAAGGUUCUCAAAGCGAUCUUGAAGUUGGAGACGAUCCCGAAGGAGGAAGAUUUCCAGUUCAAGCCGCGAUCUCAGACUCUAUUGGACAAGUGGAAUAAGCUUCUUGCUGACGGCGGAGCUCCCGCCCCCGCGAACGGCGUCAAUGGUGGUGGUGCUAAUUCUGCUAAGGGCGGAAAGGGAGCAGCCAAUGGUGUCAAGGAAGCAUCGGCCGAUCACAAAUCGGAUCUCGAGAAGGAAGACGGCAAAGCCGAUACUCCAGAGAAGGACGCGAAGGAUAAGACUUCAGCUGAAGCAGAGACGGCAAGCGACGAGAAGUCAGACGCAGUAAAGAAUGCAAAGACUUCAGCCGAUGAGACGGCUGCAGAGGUCGAAGCUACGGCAUGAAGUAACAAGCGCUGAACUCGACGAAACGACGACGAUUUCUUUUGAUGUCUGAAAGUCGGCGGCAACCAGGGGCGUUCAGGGGUAUAAGAAAGGCUACAUUGCUCGAGCGUGGCUUGCCAUUGAAUGAUGGUGGGCCAUGCGACUGGAAUAUGCGUACAAGCUUCGCGUACUUGGACUCGAAGUGUGUUCGUUUUAUGUGAACUAGGAAGUACUUGUUUUCAGGUCAGAUCAGACAGGUCAUGUACGGUCCUGGAACAGUCAAUAUUUGGUCGGGGAAGGGCCUAGGGGCCUUUGGAGGGUGAGGGAACAACGAAAAAGUCAGACUCCUACCCGGCAUCUGACACCGUUAAUUAGUUCGUCGGCCGGUAGGGAUGAUGGACACGGCAUGUCAUUAGUGGUUGUGUUUUUUCAGUUUGGGAGGGCUGUGAUGAUUUUCUAGGAGAUUUUGCAAUAAAAAAAGUUCGUUGCAUUACUUGUAUAAUUGCUGAGUCACUACGGUGGGAUUAUAGAAUUAUAUCGUGCA